CUAAAAAAUUACACUUUAUAAUUAUAUAUAUUCUCAAGCCGAACAAUGGUGAAUAGUGAAUAAAUAAAAUUAAAUGUGUACAUUAGUACACAAAAUAAAUUUAAAAUAGAAAAUAAAAUAAAAAAACUCGUCAUACAACUUCUUAUGUAAAUUUUAAGUGCUGAUGUUUAGUUUAUGAGAAAGGAAAUUUUUAGUCGGGUCAUAACGCAAAGUCAUUUUAAGCGGCGACGACUUGGAGACUUCUUAUAAAACAAAACAAAAUUUAUUUAUUUUAUAUAUUAAUUAUUUAAUUUAAUAUUUUAAUAACAAUGGCCGAUAAAACUAAAGCUAAGCAACCUCACAGUAUAAGUACAGUUGGAAAAAUUUAUCUCAUACUUUAUAAUCUCAUCUUAGUAAUUGGGUGGAGUUAUAUUCUAUGCCUUCUCACGCGUUAUUAUCUGACGAAUGAUUUCUCGGGUCAAAGUCUCUGGGACACGAUUAAAUUAUCACUGAUAAUAUACCAAAAUGCUGCUGUUUUCGAAAUAUUCCAUGCGAUCGGUGGUCUCGUACGUUCGAACCCAGUGAUAACGACGUUCCAAGUUUUUAGCCGAGUCAUGGUAGUCUGCGGAGUGCUGAUAGCAACACCACCAGCAGUAGCAGCAGCAUCAAUUGGUCUUCCGAUAGCGUUGUUCUCCUGGUCCGUCACUGAAAUUGUAAGAUACGGAUACUACUUCGCUAAUCUCGUUGGAUUUGUUCCCCACUUCCUGGUGUGGCUCAGAUACACGACCUUCAUAGCAUUGUACCCCAUUGGAAUCACUGGAGAAUUAUUGUGCUUCAACGCCGCCCAACAGUUUGCACAAAGACACCCUGACUUAUGGAGUUACGCGCUUCCUAACACAUGGAACGUGACAUUUAGCUACCACUACCUUCUUCUGUUUGUCAUGUUCCUUUACCUUCCUCUGUUUCCUCAAAUGUACUUACACAUGUUCGGACAGAGAAAGAAAAUUCUGGGUACCGGUUCCUCCAAAACUCAAAAAGUUCACUAGAUUUAUUGUAAAUUUAAAAAAUAUCUGCUCAUGUAUUUAAAUACAUUAAAUAAAUCAACAAGUUUUAUUUUCAUUUAAAA